GUGCCGAGUGUUGAGUUCAGUCGGAGCUUGCUGUGAUUGCAGACAUGUUUUGUUGCUAGAAAAGACGAGUUCGGGUCGCUGCGGUGAGAGAUAAUCCCAAGUAAAACGGUCAAGUGUGUGCGCUGAGUGAUCGGCGAGUCGGGAAAACGUCCGCAGGACUCACGCACAGUCUCCCCCAGUUGACAAUUCCACCGGGAAUUGCGUCGCGGCAGCUUUUGAUGCUCUUUAGCGUCCGUCUAAGGGCUCCCGUCGCGGUAGUGACAGUGAUUUUUGGUCAUUGCGUGUGUGAGUGUAGCUGAAAUUGCGCAAAAAAAAAAGUGAAGAUUUUUGGGUGUGCGGUGGAUUUGAUUUUGCAGACCCGAGUUCCGAGUACCAUUGGGUGCUUGUGUGUGGCUCUGUGCAAAGAAGGAGGCUCUUCUUUUGCGGUGAUUGUCGCGAAAUUUUAUAAUUAGAAACGAAAGAAGAGAAAAGAGAUUUGGAGAGUGGAAUAAAUAUUGCAAGGGUGAGAGAGAUAGAAAAGUAUGAGAAGAUGGUGAUUCUGUGGUGUUGGUGGAUGAGUUUUCACUAGUGUGCACCCGUGAGCCGUGAGCUCUCCUGCCAAGAGACGUCACUGUGUACAGUGGCGUGCUAGGUAUCGGAUUGUAUUUGGACAAGAGCCAAGGGGUGACCGAGACGCUGGGGUACUUUGCUUCUCGCGGGUGGCGUCCCGGUCGGUCAGUGUGGUGGCGCAAUUGUCGCGCGUGCGAGAUUGUGUGAGUGCAUGGCCGUCUGCGGUGAAUAGGCCAACAAGUUGGAGCGAACGAGAAGGCAGACAAGUGCCAAAAUAAUUUAAUCACACACACAAACAGUGAGGCCUGGCUCCUCGUCUGCGCCAAGUUGGAGAAGACCCUCUCUCCCUCUCUGACUGGUCUCUCUCUCUGAUGUGAGAGAGAGAGAGAGUAGUUAAAAAGUGUUUUGAGACACGUGAGAGAAACAAGUGGCUGUGUGCGUGUUUCGUCGCCGCGUCAGAUUGUAUCGACUAGACAAGAAUCAGCAGAGCGGAGAGAGAGACAUAGCCUCUCUCUCACCAAACAAUCGGACUGGAAGUUUGAGACUCUCAGCGCGACAGUCUGCACCAGACAGACGAUUCAUUAUUUUUUAUUGUUGAGCCACUAAAAUUGCUCUGUGUGUUGCCAUUUCUUUCACACCCAAAAACCCCAACACAUACACACACAAAACAACCAUCAAGUGGUGAGAAGUGCGCGAGGAAGUGGCAGAAAAUCGAUCUGCGAGUGCGACAGGACGAAAUUGUGACAGAGAAAAGUGAAAGGAUAAUUAUGUGGUGAUUAUCAAUCCCCGGGAUAUGCAAAUGUCUGAUACAGUUUAAGGGUUUUGACAAGAGUGACAGGCACCCCUACCGGUAAUAGGUUCAACCUGAUAGCUGUAGCAGCAAUAGAUCGUGUAAUAGACAUUGUGUUUUUUUUUGCAAAAUGAGUGAAUACGUGACACCUCAAUUGAGAACUGUACUCAAGACUUUCCAAGAUAAAGCCACUAAGAGCCUACAAGGGCCUGGCUUAUCCCUAGUUCAUCCGCAGAAGAAGGAGCGUGUAUCUCCGGAAACUGUGGAAGAACCCAUGGCACCCCCGCCUCCAGAACUACCCCAGCCAAUUUUAAGUUCAGCCGAUACAGGACGUGGUGUUCUGUACGAGACCAUCCUCGAGGGUAAACCCAUUGGGUGCUUUCUCUUAGGUGGCGAGAUGCGUCUCUGUCUGCCACAGAUUCUAAACAAUGUCCUCACAAACUUCUCCCUGGAGCAGAUCAAUGGCACCUGCGAAAAAUUACAGAUAUUCUGUUCACAGUGCACAGCUGAACAACUCAAUGAGUUCAAAGCGGCAAAUAUCUUGCCUGAAGAUGUCAAAUUUUCAGGCUUAAUCACGCGCACCAAUGCCGAGAGGCUGUGUUCAACACUCCUCCAUCGGUCGGAGCGUCGGCCUGUGAUCAAGGGUGCCAUCUCCUUCCGUGUGUACCACAGGUGCUUCGGCAAGACCGAAGGAAUAUGUACACCGGAUAUGUACUCCAUUAAGGAGCCAGCGUGCAUUGAGUGCACGGAUUGCGGGGGUGUCUUUUCCCCACAGAGAUUCGUGUGUCAUGUUCACGGUCAGCAAGAGGAACAGACAUGCCAUUGGGGCUUUGACUCAGGCAACUGGCGUGCAUAUAUUCACGUGGCGUACGAUGUGGAGAAUCGUGACAAGUACACCAAGAUGCUGGAUGAGCUGAAGGAACGGGAGUACCAGGAAACCAUGGCCAUGAUCAACGCACAAAGGGAGAGCCUUAGCCUCAAAAGAAAGGCUGUCAUCGAGGAACCCCACAUUCUGGCGAACUCAAUAGACAUUCCCCAGAAGAAGUCCAAAUUGAUAGAUGAUGCGGCUUAUGCUCUGGAUUAUCACUCAUACCAUCCCUAUGCACAGUUCUAUGCUCAUCAGCUUCGGCAGCAGCAUCAGCAGCAACUGUCGGCGUUUCGACCGUGGACGCCACUUACACCAAAACACCUCGCCCACCUCAGCUACCCCAAUGUACCGGGACUGCCCUACCUCAGCCAGGAGCCGCCCAUCCUCCAGAAUCCCGAGAGGGUGGUCCGGCUGUCGGAGUGCGAACGAUUCGAGCGCACCUUCCAGCCCAAUGUUGCCUUAGCACCACGCCGGGUUAAUGGACUAACCAAGGAACUGUCCCCACGAGAUAACUCCCGCAUUGUCACCACCGAUAUUCCCAUUAAAAUUGAGAGAGUUACGUCUCCACGGGAGAAUUCUGUAGCUGGUACCUCACCUGAACUUAGAGUCACAUCUCCGGCAGUUGAUGGGGCACCAGUGAGUCCGGAACAGUUGUCUGGAAGCAAUGAGAUCACAUCGAGCACAUCUCCAGUGCCACUGACGGGUCAGGUAACGACAAAUGGUGUAAGUUCAUCGCCACCGAGGCAAACGGACAGUCAUCCAGCCGGACAUACAAUUCACCUGCAUCACAAUCAUCAACCCAGUGGAACACCAGCGUUGGUUAUGAAGAAUGGAGGAACACCCGCUCUUGCUGGAAAUCCCGAGUUCGAACUCUCCACGGACACGGACGACGACAGUCUCACCGGGGAGGCGGACAGCAGCAUCACGGGGGCUCCGUGGGAUGUAGCAGCUGUAGCGGAGGCGCUAAAAGAUGCAGCACCAGCGGAUCGUGAUAAGGUGCUGCACAUAAUAAAGGUACUUGUGCAGGAGAACAUACAGCUGAGACAGUGCAGUGCCGAAAAUGUCCGCCUGGUUCAGGAACUCCGGCACAAGGAUGACCAAAUAGCCGAGCUGCUGCUGGAACAACAGCGUCGGCAACUCCAACCACCACCGCCGGAACCCCUUGCAACGGUUGUGGUUAAACCGGAGCCGACCGUUGAGGUGGCUCCCAGUAAAACGACUGAAGUGAUCAUGAAGCCACUGAAGAAGUCAGCUAGGCGGAGUCCUGAAGAUACAGUGGUGGUGAUGCCACCAAAUAAAAGGUACACUCUAAGUGCAGCUGUGGCAGCAGCCGAGGACAUUCCUGAUCCACCCAAGGACUCCAUUAAGCGCGUGGAGAUGGUCAAUGGGGUUGGGGAGCACAAGAAGCGUGAAAAUGGUAUGGCCAUUCAAUGCAAAGAUAGUGGAUAAAAUUGGCGUGUUUCUGUCAUCCUCAUGACACCUGCCACCCUACCCUCAUCGUGAUCACGUCUGAUCACAACCCUCCUUAAGAAAACAAAAAACAAAAAAUCCUUUCGAACCCACCCAAAAAUUUUUGCUUCAAUUUUUUCUUCUAAAAAAAAAACAACAAAAAAGAAAAAUCCUUUUUACGGCAAUCGUCUUCUUUGAUUUUGUGUUAAACACAGAGAUUUGCAGUGAUCUUUAUAGAAUGAUUUGGAGGUUUUUUUUGUGUGAAAAAGCCUGCAGAUCAUCGAAUGAUCUUCAAUAAUGGAUCAGUCAUUGCAUAAAAGGAGAAGAUGCAACUCAACAAUUUGUUUUUCUUUCUUCUCAAAUGAGAAAGAAAUAUUACAUGUUUUUUUUUAAAAUUAUAUUUAAUAACUAAUUUAUAAGGAAGAAUAGUCGUAUAAAAAAAAGAGUAUGAUAGAAGAGAACUAUUGAAUGCCACAAAGUGGCGAUGCCAGUGUCUAUUGAUCGAAUUAUUAAUUUUUAGAAAGUCUCAUAAUUCUGUUUUAUUUUCACAGUAAUUCAUUUGAUAUUUUCAUUGUAGAAAUUAUUAGGUAAAAAAAAAACUGUGCGUUUUUUUUUCAAGAGCAUGGCUACGUAUAAAAAAAAACGACAAGAACUUUUAAAAAGUGUAUAGAUGAGAAUGUAAAUUACGGUCAGUUCUUAUUACUUUCUACUGCAGCAACUGAAGUAGUGUGUGAAUAUUUUAUAGGAUCUUGUAAAUAUUUUCGAUAGAGAUAAAUUUCUCUCUUUUUUUAUCUCUUAUCCUACUUUGUACAAUGGACAUAUUGUUGUACAAAGUAGGAGACAAAAGAAAAAAACUAUAUCUGUAUCAUUUGUAUUUAUAUGGUAAUUAUUUAUUGUGUGAUUUGAGAAAGAGAAAUUAGAUGAUAAAAAAAAGUCUUCUAAAAUUUUAAUCAGUGGUACAUCUUUUUUAUUAGUUCUCAUUUUGCAAUAUUCAACCAUUACAGAAGGAUGACAGAAUUGUGCAUUACAAAAAGAGUAAAAAUUAAAUUUUAAACCUAAUUUCCAAAAAAAUGAAUGCGUUAAGCGUUUUGACAUUUGCGCAAUAUUCAUUGAGUAGUUUAAAUGUUCAACACAGUGAGAAGAUACCAAGAGUUUCAAGAAUAAACUAAAGAUAAAAUACAGUGAAAAAAUACCAGUGAACAUUUUAAUUAAAAUAUCCACAUUUAAUUAAAUUUUUAACCUUAUAAAAUAUUUUAGUUCCUCUACGUUUCCUCAUUGGCUGGAGCUUUGAAGUUUUAAAAGCUCUCAAAGCUGUAGCCAAUCACAGACCUCGGUGGGUUUCAUCGCGUUCUCUGAUUGGUUGAAGAUGUGAAAACUGUCAAGCUCCAGCCAAUCAGGCAACAAGAACUAAACUAAAAUUUUUCAUCAGAUUAAAUAUUUAAUAACAUGUGGAUACAACAUUAGAGGGAAAAUAUCAAACAUGAAAAAGAAACUUUACCAUCGACCAAUUUUCCAAAAUGACCUUUUGCAUUUCACAGAACAGCGUCUCAUGAAAAACAAAAUCUAAAAUUUUCGGUAUCAUAGAAAGAGAAAAUAUAGCAAUUUUCCCAAUGAAAAACAACCAUAAUAAUAGUGAGAUUACUAAUAUUUAGUAAGAAAAGAGCAAAAAGAGAUAAAUACGAAUUUAUUAAUAAAAAUGGUAAUUUUAUGAGCAUGAAAAAAAUCGACGCUAUUUAUAUCUAAAAAAAUAUUAAUUAAAAAUUUUGAGGUUAAAUUUAAUUUUGUGUCCCCGCCCUAAAUCACUUUUCAAUAGAGGAAUUACAGUAGAUUUUUGAAAAGUAGGGGAAAAUGUCCAGGCUUCGUACGAUCCCAAGCUUUGUAAUGACUAAAUUCGGGGGGGGGCGGGAUGAAUAAAUAUAGCUACACUAAGAGAAAUCCGAAAAAGUUGAAAUAACAUUCCGGAAAUGUUAAUUUUACCCUGGAGUAUUGACCCGAAAUCGGUGUGAAUAUUAUGCUUUUUAGAUGUAUUAGGGGUUAAAUCUACCUUUUUUCAUGUUAAUUUUACCCUUAAAAAAGUGUAAAAUAAACAUUAAAAAGUGUUGAAAUAUUUUUACACCUAAAAAGUGUUAAAAUUAUGAGGAAAAAAAGUUAAUCGCACCCCAGUUUCUUUCUCAGUGUAGCGAGUGAACUGUGAGUGGCAGAUCGGCAGAUCGCGUUGAUCAGUCUACAAGAUCACGCUGACUCAAUCUCUAAGAUCACGCCGAUAAGUUUCCGAUAUCGCUCCAAUCGCACGAUCAGUUUCAAAGAUCGCGCUGAUCCUAAAUUUUCCCUAUGCUUCUCAAUAAAUGUGACUCAUCGCACCAAUAUUGCAGAAACACAUUUAUUAAGAAAGUAGAAAAAUUUAGUAGUGUUACGAAGCUCGGGAUCGUCCGAAGCAUGGGUACUUUCCCCUAUCAUUUGAGUGACGUCAAUCAAUUUCACAAAUAUAGGUUAGUAAAUAAUUGGUGAGCGCGAAAAAAAAUAAAGUUCAUUGAUAAAUGAAAAAUAGUUUAAGUCGCACUAACAAAUCGUUAUGAAAAUAAUUAAUACAUUACAAAACUGUGGGAAGUGGAGAGAUACCGAGAUGGACAAAAAAAUAUGGGGAAGAGAUUGUCUGGCUGUGCGUAGGUUUUUUUUUAUUAUUGUACUGCCCUUUAAGCGUAGAGAAAAUUUUCCGGAAACAACAGAGUGUGUGAUUAGUAAUGGAAAAAAUUGGAACAACACACUUUAUCACAUACUCUGCCUCUUUGCUCCAACACAUUGAGAGAUUACUAUCUUAAAGCAAAUGAUUUUGACAUUCACAACAAUUUACCAUAGAAUUUUCAUACGGUUUUCUUCAAUUUGAAAGAGAUAUGAAUUUUAUAACCUCAAAAAUGUAAGAUUCCUAACCUCGAAAUGUCUUAUCAAAAUCCAAGUCACGUAAAUAAGAGGUUAUGCUGCAAAUGGACAUUGUUGAAGGGAACAUAAUCUAUUUUGCAAUCUGAUGAUUAGAAUUCGUAAAUACAGUGCCCGCUCUCUAAUUUGGAUCGCUGUAAUCCGGAUGAGUCCUCGACGGUUACAUUUUAAAUAAUAUUGAGGUUAUGUAUGCAUGCGUGGUCAGUAACGAAAAUGACUUAUCCUGUAAUGUUUUUGCAUAAUUAGAGCAUAGAAUUCUCUAAUUAUGUCUUUUUAAUCUUCUUUAAAACAUUCAUUCUAAUUCUACAAAAAAAAAUCAAAAAACCCUUGUAUUAUAUUUUCGAGACGUUGAACAAAUUUGAAAAUCCAUUCGGAUAACGAAGCGGACAUCUGUCAUUUUGUUUCCCUAUUAUCCGAAUAAUAAAGCGGGCACCAUGAAGAAAAUUCUCUUGUUCUUUCACAGACAGAAAAUAAAUUCACACAGCACAAAAUAGAAAAACCGUUGAUCAUUCAAAAAACCUACAUGUCAUUUUGUCUCCCAGUCAGCCGGAUAACGAAGAGUCGAGUGUAGUUUUGUAAAAUGUCAGGAUGACAGAACUUUUGAAUUGCAAUUUUAUUAAAAUAAAUGUUUUUUUCUUGAACUCGCUCGCUCACUUUUGAGUAACUCGUCGGUUUAAAUUUUCGAAGUUCCAACGUGGUUUUAGGUAAGUUCUCUCUGAUAUACCCUCGAAUCAGUACAGGAAAACCUCAACUAGAGAGAGCUCUCAAAUCGGGAAGGUUAUUACUGAACGAGAGGAAUAUGGACAUAAAUUUAUCUAGUGUGUAGAGGCCAUAAGUGUAACUUAAUACAGCUCAAUAUAAGUUUUCUUAACGAUCUUUUGAAUUUUUUCUACGUUAUUGAUCUAAUGUUCCUUAUACGGGCUUCCGACCUAAGGUUUAGCCAUCUGGCUUAACUCCUCUAAUUCAUUAUCAAGCACGAUUUUAUAGGAAAUUAUUCUUUAGGAUUGGAUAUAAAGGGCAUAUAAUCCAUUAGAUUUUGAAAAAUCAAUAAAACUGCUGGUUAUUUAGAUUUUUGAGACUUUCGGGAACUGGGCUAAACCUCCAGUCUGAAGCCGACAUUACAGAUUUGAAGUAAAGAAGAGCAAUCUCUUAAAAAUAAAUGGUCCCGGAUAUUAGGAUCUAAUAUCAAAAAUCACUCGAAUACCUUUGACAAUUCAACAAAAAAAAAUAUGAUGAUACCCUGAUAUUUUUGACAGAUUAAUCAGCCAUAAGCAUAACUGUCAUGCCUUUUCAAAACGCUUUUAAAAAUACUCCUAGAAAACCUUCCAAUUUUUUUUUGGAAAAUUUGGGAAACAUUCUUAACCUGCAAAUUAAUUUUAUAACCGAAUAAACGGUUUUGUGAAUGUCAAAAUCCAUCUGACAGUUAUUAUUCUCUAAUUUCAUUUAUUGACCAAAAUAGGUUAUUUUCGGAUAAGAUAUCUUUGCAAUGAUAAGAUUAAAAUAAAAACAUACAAAGAAUUUUGAAAUAUUGCUUCAAUUUCAAUUCCAGUAUAGUUCUUUUAGGUUAUUUUCAAGAUAGCCUCACAUUUUUCAUCUUAAAAAGAGAAUAAGUCCCAAUGUCAAAAAAAAACAAUAUCUCUCACGUGAAUUUGCAAAUUUUAGCAUAAGUCCAAAUUUCCUGCUAAAGUUAAAUCCCGAACCUGGGAUAAAGCAAUGGGGUUGUGGCGAGAUUCUGGGCCGCCCUAAAAAAAAAUCGUGGGUAGGCUCAUUAAAAGGCCAUCAGCUGAGCGUGCACCAGAAAGGGCAUGAAUUGGUCAAUUCGUUUGUGUUGAGAUUUAAAAGCAUUCAGGCCAGAGGUGUUUUGCAUAAAAUAAUUAAUUGGCCUGGGUGUUCAUCCAUAACGAUUUAUUUAUUGAGGCUCGCAAACAACAACCCCAGAGAAUAUUAAUUUUUUCCAGGGCAGGGGGACAGGGGGAAUAGAUGGUUUGGUGGUUAUAUGAUUUAUUUGGAAAUUUAUUAAAUCAAUUCGAGAAUUAGUCAUUUGGGUUCACAUGAUUUACUCUUCAAUGUCCUCCUCUCCAUCUUCCACCUCAAUUUUCAAUUUUAAUUGAUAAACAGAUCCGUUAAGAGAAUGAUACUGCAGAUUUCCCGGAAGAUGAAUUUGUUUAUCUACUGAGAAUAUAAAGAAAUCUCUACACUCCCAAAAUUAUUUUCAUAAUUUUUGGUUAAAUUUUGUGCGAUUUAAAAAGAAUAUAAUCAGCCUGAACACAGCCGUAGUUUCUCCAAAAAAAACAAGUUCGAAAACGUUUCAUAGGAUUUUGAGUUCGUAUUAAUUUCGCAAGGAGGCUCAUAUAAUUGAGAUUCUAUCAUUUUCGAAUUUCGAAAUGUUUCAAAUAUCAUUAGAAGCGCAGUCUUCACUUUGUUGUGAUAAACAGAGCAACGAAAUUUUUAAUAUUCUUCUUCUUAAUAGAAUUUCCCACAUAACCAUUUUGCAACUUCGUUUAAAUUCGAUUUAAUGGACAACGCAUAAAUCUUAAGUUAUUAAAUUAAACAAAUUUCGAAAAAUCGAAAAAUGUGAAUUACAUCAUAAACUAAUAAUUUUAUAACAUUUCGAAAUCUGUUUUACGGAAGAACUUAAGUUUUUGGCACGCUGUCCAUAAGUGUAUAACAUCCAAAAGUGUAGACUCCACCCUAAAGCCUAUUUAAACUAGGGUAUUUUAGUUCGAAAUCUCCUUUUCGAAAUAAAAAUUCCUCAAUGAGCUUAGCCCCGCAUAUACUCUGUCUAUCUAUCGAUGCAUUAAUUUCGAAAUAAAAUUAUUGAAUACCUGCAAUUAAUUCUUUAGUCUUUCAAUGAUUCCGGUUUUUAAUUGAAAAAGAAAAUUAAUUAGACCUUCGUUAGCGAGGUUAAGUCCUUGCGAACCAUAACAUCUCCAGCGAGGAAAUUUCACAAUUUUUAAAUCAAAUCAAUUGGAUAUUCUUUUACUUUGUAAUAAUCAAAAGAAUCGAUUUUUAUUCAUUUUAAAUAACCCAAAAAUUUGUUUUACUCAGAAUAUUCAAAUUUUCUUUUGGGCACGCAAAAUGUCGUUCUUGAAUGUCUCCCGGAUCUGAACAGCAAUAAAUAAGACCUCUGAGGAGUUUCUUUGAGCUUAAUUAGUCUUAUUUGACUAUUAUCCUAAGCAAAAUAUUCUCCAAGAAUCUCCGCUUAUUGAAAUCGUACAAAAGUGACUAAAACUCUUUCGGUGUUUGCCAGAGAACUCAUUUCUUUUCAAAUUUAAAACACUGAAAGAGCUGCGACUACAUAGCACUCUGUCAGAUACAUAAUCUAAAAAAAAUGGCUAAACCUCAAGUUAUUCGACCCCAUAACACAUGGCAGAUAGAUUUCACCUCCGGAAUGAACCACUGAGAGUGCAAACACAAGUAGAGUUUGAUUCUCCAAUUGUGUCUUGGAUACAAAAAGUCGUUGAUGUUCGAAUAAUUCAAACUCAAUUUCGAAUUUCCAUACUAAAGUUUCGCAGAAGGUGGGUAGAAUUUAUGAAACAUCAUACAGUAGACUCUCGAUAAUUCGGCUCUUUUAAGAUCGGACUAUUUUUUAAUUCGGGAAGCAGUUAAAUUUGAAAAAAAAAUUGUCAAUAUUUUUCAAGUUUUCGAAUAAAGCUCAACUUUGCCAUGAUUUGUCUCAGUUAUGAUGUUAUUUUGCAUUAUUUAACACUAAACCUACCGAACGUUUUUGCUCGUUUUUCGGUCAAACGACAAACCGCGGUAGGGAAGGAUACUCAACAAAUUUGUCUCGUAAAACAGAAAAAAAUAAACACUGAAAAAUAUAAUUACAUGCAUAUUUUAAGAAAUUUAUAAAGUUUGAUAGCGACAUUGUACCGUUUAAAUAUGUGUUAAUUUGAAACCGGUCAAUUUGACCGGGUUUUGAUAGGUUUAGUGUUUAGGGUUUUCAUGAAAUUUACAAUAAAAUAUGAGUAUGUGAAAUUAAAAAUUAGUAUGCAGAUAUACAAAAAAUCGUUGCAUUUCGAAAAAUUUGACGCCCGAAUUUCUCUCUAAUUUGUAUGACAUUUCGGUCCCAAAUGCCCGAAUUUGAGAUAGUCUACUGUACUAGAAAGCUCGCUUUGUGUUUGUCCUCACAACAAAGUGAAGAUUUACACAUUUUGACGAGCACUUCGAAAUUCGAACACCUUGCGGAAUUAUCAAAAAGUAAGAAUCUUUCCGUACAAAAGUAGAUCUUGAAAAAUUCGAAAAUCUAUUUGAAGAAUUAAAAAUAGACUUUCUUACUUCUUAAUACUUUCGCAAGGUGGCGGAAGUUACAAGAAUUUCGAAGCGUUGAAGUCUCAAAAUGUGACGGUCUUCACAUUGGUGAGGAAAAAAGAGAACAGCGAUGCUUUACUGUUCUUUCCCCAGUAUUAAAUCUCUCCAUAAUCACUUAGUAACUCUUUUUCCAGCUUUCUAGUGUAAUAUUUGAUAAAUUUUCCCCACUUUGUUCGAAAAUUUAGUAUGAAAAUUCGAAAUUGAAUUUUAAUUCUUCGAAUUUCAAUUCAAUUUUUUCAAUUUACAGCCAGAAAAAUUCUUGGAGACCUAAAGAAGACUCGAACCCGAAACACUUUCGUCAUAGAGAGAAAGCUCCGCGACUUUCGAAAUACCCUAGUUUAAAAGGGCCUUUAAAAUAUCAUUUAUCCAAGACACUUUCAAAUCAGAAAAGAAAAAGCUACGGCUGUGAACAGGCGGAAUGGGUAAAUAAUCAAAAUCUUUGGAAAAAUCAUUUAGAAAUACACUUUGGGAUCUUUUUUUGUGUGAAAUCAUUAAAAAUAAACAAUCAUUGCAAUAAGUAAAUUACUGCCAAAAAAAGAAAUUACGAAAAAGAAGAGCAAAAAAAAUUAUUUAAUAAAAAAAAGCAUAAUUGCGCUGCUUAGACUGCUACCUUUUCCUUUAUAGGAAUGAAGAAAACGCGCAUAUUUUAUUAUAUAAGUAUAAAUGUUUUUUUUUUAAAUACUAAAGUCAGUAAAUUUUUCCAUCAGAAUAUUAAUUAUGUAAAAAUUAAUUCAAUAAAAAUUUUUCUUCAAUUUUAUUGCCUUUUUAAUUAAAAGCCAAUUGACCUUUAAGUAUCCCUCAUUAUGGGUAUUUUGGCUGCACAUUUGCAUACCCGUUGUUUUUUUUUCUUAAUCAAAUUAAAUUCAGCUCAUCCACUCUCACAAAUAUAAAGCUAAUUUUAUCAAUUUGAAAGUACAAAAUAUUGAAGGUGCUGUAAAUAAUAAAUUUUGAAACAAACUACAAAAUGUGUGGAUGUAGAGAAUAAAAAUAACAAACUGUAUAAUUAAAAUAAACAUUAAAUAUAGCCAGAAAUCAAGUAAAAAAAAACACUGUAAAAUUAAUGACAUAUUGAACAUUUUUAUUCUUCAUUAGCAGCACUAUUAUUAUUUUGCUUUCAAUUUAUUAUUUUAUUCGUGUAUUUCAACUUGUCACCUCCCAACAAAAAAAGUCAGAAAAUUAUUAAAUAAAAGUUGUGUGUGUAGACCAGAACUUACUUAUAGAAAACAAAAAACUCAGUGAAAAUAAAUGACAAAAUAUAGUAAAAAAAAUUGCAGAUUAAUAUAAAAAUGCAGUUUAGUUUGCGAAAGAAGUAAAAUUAAUAAAUCGCAAAAGAAAACAUAAAGUCUCGCCAAAAAAAAAAAACAAUUUACUAUACAUUUUAGUCGCGAAUGAGAAAAUUUCCUACUUUUAUAUUUCCUUCUAAAUUAAAGAUGACGAAAUUUAAAAAAGAAAAAGAUUUACUGUUAUUGUAAGAAGAGAGAAACGGGAAAAUGAGAGAGAGCAAAAUGAGAUUGUUAAUUUCAAGUAAAAAAAAAAAUAAGAAAAAUUAAGUAAAACGAUAGAGUCUUGUUGAAUUUAUUCAAUUACAAAAAAAUAAAUUAUAUUUUUUCAAAAAGAAAAAACCACGAGAAAAAAAUUAUUGAGAAACUAUAGUUAUUUAUGAAUUAAAAAAAAAUGAAAAAUCUUGAAAUUAUUAGUUGGCUGUUAUUUGAUAUAAAAAAAAAUAAUUAUUAUAUUUGGUGAUCUCAUCUCUUUUUAAAGAAGAAAUAAAAUAGACAAGUGAAAAAAAUGAAAAAUAAGUUGUGGAAAAAUUUUUUCAUAAUGUAUAUAAAUUAAGAAUUAUUUUCGUUUUUUUUUUUUGUACAUUUUGACAAAGAAAGUGCCAUUUUCGUAUAAAGUAUCAAACCUUUCUUUUUUUAAAUUUGUGUUAAUAAAACACAAAAAAAAUUCACGAUACGUUGUUUUUUCUAAAUCAAGAUUCUGAAGUUGAUUGAAUAAAAAAAUAGCAUCAAAAAAAGACGAUCAAGUGCACUCUUUGAAAAAAGAAAAAUAAUUAGACAGUUUUUUUUUUUCAACAAAAAAAAAGAAA